AUGCCCUCAGUCACUGAAUAUAGACCAUCACUCUCGACGCUCCCCACAGAGCUUUUAAUACAAAUCUGCGAAAUCCUCUUCGACAGCAAAUCCAAUACUCGGAAUACCACACAGGCAACACGGACCUCGAAGCCGCCAAUCCUCGACGGACUAUCAAGAACAUGCAGUCGAUUCCGGGAAAUAUGUCGCCCAUACAUCUUCCAAAACCUAAUAGUUGACCUCAAAGAAGACAUCGAUCUCCUAUCUCUCAAAUCAUUAUCUACAGAUGAAGGAAUACUGUCAUACGUUGGAAGCUUGCGUAUACACUCCGCUAUCAAACCAUCGCUACGAAGACUCGCGGAUACGAUAUUUGGACCGAAUGCCCCGCCUGAAGUAGUAUUUAGCUUUAUACGGCGUAUCAUGAGACGGAUACCCCGCUUAAGAUCAUUAUCAAUAACCAUCAAUGAUAUCGAACUUAACGACAUAUUCGCAAACCCAAGAUGGCAUACACCAAUCGAUAUUGAUUGUGAGGAGGAUGAAGAGAUCAAUUUGGUGUAUUUGGAGGAGUUAACAGUAUCUGAAAAUUCCACGUGGGUGAUUGCAUUGGGGGAUAAUCAACCACAAAUCCCGAUUAUUGAAGAAGACGAGGAAGGCGAAAUCACAAAGACGGCUGUGGCGGUGGCAGAAACAACAGGAUUGAGGAAGUUGAGUUUUGUGCAUCCGGGGGACUUUGGAGCACCAGAGCUAAAUGGGAGUAAACUCUGGGAAUACCGUGGACGGACCGAGGGAUUUGUAAUGGAGAUUAUGGCACUUGGAUUAGAAAGUGGUUUGGCAAAUGGAAUUAGAGAGUUAAAAAUACAGAGGACAUUGGAUGUGGUUGAUUUACAGAAACUCGCAGCUGUGUUCCCCGAACUCGAGGUGUUUGAGUAUUGGAUUGACCGGCCACUGAACCCCAGUUUACACAGUUUAGGAAGCGGCUCCCGUCUCGUCUUCCACUCCUUAUUCAUGCACCUCUCUCUCGGUAUCGCACCCCUCACGCCACCCUACAACCAUGACGUCUUCACAGAUAUCAGAUUACUCGGCAAGUACUGUCGGAACUUAAGACAAGUCCGAGUACAAGGCGUUGUUCGCGCGAAUAUUAAAUGGUUACCGCAGAUGUCGGCUGCGAGGUAUCAGGUUAUGUUCUGGGAGGAAGAAGAUGGUACGACUGUUGCGGAAGUACCCUGUUAUAGGGUGGAAAUUUAA